AUGGACGAGAAGCCCAAGCCCAGCACGGCCUCCCAAGAGGUGGUGCAGAAUACCUAUAUUAAGCCCCAGGCUCGCAAGCCGUAUGAUCCGGAUGUGACGUUUGAGGAGUACCACUACUAUGCGAACAAAACAAGGGAGGAGGAGUCAACCUACGAACCUCCGAAAUUCAGCUUGCGCGACAUCGUUUCGAAGCCGGAUUUGGCAGAGGAAUCCCACCUGUCAGCAACGGAUUUCGCUGAUGAGAAUCGGAUUCAUAUCUCUGACGAAGAAUGGACUAAUGCUAGUCGUUCGUUCAGGUCGGCAUCUUGGGGGGCUUGCUGGUAUCUUAUUGCCGAAGACAUCAUGGGUCCAUAUGGCACUGGAUUCACUAUGGGAACGUUGGGAUGGGGCCCAGGUGUCGUAUUCUUCACUGUAUUUGGCUUAAUGGCCGGAUAUUCCGGCUACUUGAUCUGGCGCGUCUUCUUGGGUGUUGACAGCUACCAGUUUCCGGUCAAGAACUACGGCGAUCUUGGAUACCGGACCUGGGGCAAAUAUGGCCGCCAUGUGACGAACAUUCUCCAGGGAGUGUCCUUGUUGUUCCUUGUUUCUUCGGUCACUUUGGUAUUCGGUGAGAACAUCUCUCAAGUGUCCAGAUUCCAGUUGUGCUAUGCCGCCUGCCCGCUGAUCUUCGCUUUCACUGGCCUCUUCUUUUCGCAAAUCCGCAGUCUCAAAGCCUAUGGAUGGGUGGCCAACGCUGGAGUAUGGAUGAACGUGUUUGUGAUUAUCAUGACGAUGGGGGUCAUGGCCAACUCACCCCCUAACUACGCGAUCUCGAGAUUGGGAUCAGCAGGGAGUGCGGUAGACUCAUCUACUAUCACGCCCGACAAGGAUGGGAAUUAUCCACCGAUUAUACACUACAACAAUAUCCCUCCCAAUGGUUUAAUCGGCUCGGUAAAUGGCAUGCUAUCUGGCGUACUGGCCUACGCUGGAGCGCAGCUGUUCGUCGAAUUUAUGGCUGAGAUGCGCCGGCCAAUGGACUUCAUCAAGGCGAUGUGGGGAGCGCAGUUCUUCAUCUACAGCUUGUACUUGACCUACGGAUGUGUCGUUUACUACCUUCAAGGUCAAUACUCUUUCAAUCCCAGCUACCAGGGCGUCAGCAUAUAUGGCUGGCAAACAGUGGGAAAUAUGGUUUCACUUUGCGCCUCCCUAAUCAGCGGUGGUUUGUACGGGAACAUCGGCAUCAAGGUCAUCUACAACAAUAUCUUCUUGGAUAUCCUGGGCGCACCACCACUGACAACCAAGCGCGGCAAGAUCUUCUACGCAUGCAUCGUUCCAAUGUACUGGGCCAUAGCCUUCAUCAUUGCCGCAGCCAUCCCGGACUUCUUUGGCCUGAACAGCCUCAUCUCUGCCUCCAUGCUUCUCAACCUGACUUAUACCCUUCCCCCAAUUUUCGCGCUCGGUUUCGAUAUUCAAAAGAAUGCCAUCCGGCCCGAGCGCGGAGAAGGCUUCGACCCUGCAACCGGACAAGUGCGCAGGGAGGGAUCUACCAUUCAGCGAUGGAUCCGCGGCUUCUUCAGCGGAGGGAAGAUCCAGGUCGCUUUCAAUACCUGGCAUAUCAUUUACUUCCUGGCGUCUCUAUCUAUGUGUGGCCUUGGUGUUUGGGCUGCUAUCGAAGGUAUGAUCACUGCGUUCACAAUCCCGCAAUUGAACUCAUUCUCUUGCGUAUCGCCACUGAACCUGAACGCCUAA